CUGUAUGAUUAUUUAAUUAAUGAAGGGUAUUUUUCUCCACAGGUUGUCGUUAUGGGUAGCAGCACCACAUCAGACAAAACCAUCAACACUUCCACCGACUCCGCAGCCACCGCUCUCACCUCCAUCACUGGCACCGAUGAAUCCAUGGAUGCUGAACCCGACCUCAUCGAUGCGGAUCCCCCUCAGCCUCCACCAGAACCCCAAAACCCACCAAGCACAGCCCCACCCCACUACCACAGAGCACAGGACAGCUGUGAAUUCGAUGCACCAGCUUACACAAUUCCCCAAUCAGCCACAGACACCAUUGAUUCCCCACGGCCGGGCCCGGCAAGAUUCGUUUUUGAUGUCCAAUUACCUGAUCCCAAAAAGGAGAAACCUCGCAACAAAACCCAAGUGAGCCAAACAGGUCUAGGCGGGCCUGCCACAUCGAUACAAAUACCAUACGACCCGAAAUGCGACCCACCCAAAAGCCCAAAAGCUAGCCAGAUCAAAUAUGAGACGCAUUUCGAUUUUGAACCUGAAACAGUGAUGAGGAGAGGCAGCGAGCCGAGGAUGAAAAAUAAACAAAAAGAGAAACAGGAAUAUUAUAAAGAUGAAGUAGCAAAGUUAAGAAGACAAUUGGAAGGCACGGAGGUAUUCACGAAGAGUAGAAGACGAUCAUCAACACAUCAACAUUCCGUUCCCCCUCCAUCUUCAAGAAGACAAUCAACAGCCGCUCAAGUCCACGUUACUGCAAAUCCGCUGGACUCUGCUUCAUCAAUGCCUGCUGGAAGAACAACAAUCGUGGUGCAGCAGCCUUCCCUCUCCCUGGACUAUGGCGGCUGUUCAACCAUACUAGUGAGGGAUGGUGAUGAAAGACGUAACAGCAGAAUCUGUAACGACCACAUCCAACAACUCCUGGACGUGACCAGCCAGUUCACAUCGGAAGAACUACACGAAUUUGAUAAAAGAUACGGCAGCCCUCAUCAUUCCCGGUCCCAGUCAGUUAAAGCCCAGCGUUCCAGAACCGGUGAAAGACAACUGCUUGGUCUCCCGCAGCAGAGAGCGAGGGUAGCAUCUAUGCCCAACACUGGAGUUGAGGAAGAAUAUUAUAGAUUACGACACUUCAGUAUCACUGGUAAAGGCGUGGUGAAUAGAGGAGAUUCUCUUCGUUCACGACGCUCCAGAUCUAAUACCUCAGUAGCAUCCAGUGCAUCUAGCACUGAGGCUGUGACAAGAGCAUCUGCACCAUGUUCAUUAGCAUCUUCAAGAGAUUCUUCUGCGGGUCUAAGCAGUUACCGCGUGGUGGUGUUAGGCGGGCCUGGUGUUGGCAAAUCAAGUUUGGUGGGACAGUUUAUGACGUCAGACUACUUACAUGCGUACGACACAAGCAUUGAUGACGAGUCCGGUGAAAAAUCCGUUUGCGUCUUGCUCGCGGGUGAAGAAUCUGAAAUAACAUUCUUGGACUCUCCACCAGAUCAUGUCCUCUCAGAAGGUUCAGCGCAUGGUUACUGCGUGGUUUAUUCCACCGCUGACCGCACCAGCUUCGCUGAGGCUGAACGCCGCCUGCAGGCUUUGUGGGCUGCUGGUCAUACUGCUCGUCGGGCUGUCAUACUGGUCGGAAAUAAGGCGGAUUUGGCUAGAUCGAGAGUCGUCAAUACUGAAGAAGGCAAAGCCCUGGCGACGUCAUACGAGUGCAAGUUUAUUGAAACAUCAGUGGGCAUCAACCACAACGUGGACGAACUGCUGGUAGGACUCCUCACACAGAUCAGGUUGAAGCAGCAACACGCGGAGAGAGUCAGAAAACGCAGUACAUCUCGUAAGAACCGCAGCCGCGCCCGCUCUCCGCUAGACAGUGAACCCGCUCCCGCUCCCUCUCCCGCCUCCGCUGCCAGCACGCCGCGUAAACGGACCCGAUUAUCAGCCAGUGUUAAGGUUCGUGGUUUACUCGGUCGUGUUUGGGCUCGUGACUCCAAAUCCAAGUCCUGUGAAAACCUCCACGUUCUGUAG